AUGCAGGGCAAAAUAACUCCAUUAUCAGAGGGUUGUGCGAUGUACUGCAAGGCACCUCCAGAAGUGAUGCCUCAGUUUAAACAAUAUUUAGAAGAAGGAAAGGUUCUCUACAUAUGGAAAGCAUGUGUUGAAAGAGCUAAGCCUGGGUACAGAGUUGUUGAUGCACCUUACAUGUUAAAACUGAUCAUAAGAACAGAAAUCUUUGAAGGAAAUAGCAACGAUAAAAGCUUCCCCAAAAAUAAAAAAAUCAUAAAACUUAUAAAAACAAAAUAA